CCUCCGUGCCGCCGGAGCGCCGGCUGGAGCGCCGCUUUGCCGGGGAGCAUGACUGUUGAAAAACGCCCCGCGGGCAGCAGCGGUUCUCGGCUAGACCCGGAGAUGGACGCGGAGAAGGGGAAGCAGCGCCAGUACUCUCAGAGCGAAGGCGAGAGAGAGAGGGCUGCCCAAGUAGAGGCGCUCCCUAGAGCACUGUAGCUUGCCUUAGCGGCAGUUUGGUAGGAAGUUGGAAGGCUAGUGAGCUCCGGGGCCCGGCGCUCGCGCCCACCACCUACCUCCAUCGCUCUGGAGCCGCCUCGACACGUCUCCCCCGGCAGCUGCGGCCACCUGAUGGCGGAGCCUCGCUUUAACAACCCCUACUUCUGGCCGCCCCCUCCCACCAUGCCCAGCCAGCUGGACAACCUGGUCCUCAUCAACAAGAUCAAGGAGCAGCUGAUGGCGGAGAAGAUCCGGCCGCCGCACUUGCCGCCCACCUCGGUGGCCUCGCAGCAGCCGCUGCUGGUGCCGCCGGCGCCCGCCGAGAGCGGCCAGUCCAUCAUGUCCCUGCCCAAGCUGCAGCAGGUGCCCGGCCUGCACCCGCAGGCCGUGCCGCAGCCCGACGUGGCCCUGCACGCCCGGCCGGCCACCAGCACCGUCACAGGGCUGGGGCUGGCGGCGCGGGCGCCCGCCGUGAGCAGCUCCGAGUCGAGCGCGGGCACGGGCACCGCCACCCCCUCGACGCCCACGUCGAGCAGCCAGAGCCGCCUCAUCGCCUCGUCGCCCACCCUCAUCUCAGGGAUCACCAGCCCGCCCCUCCUCGACUCCAUCAAGACAAUCCAGGGCCACAGCCUGCUGGGCGCCCCCAAGGCCGAGCGCGGCCGCAAGAAGAUCAAGGCGGAGAAUCCCUCGGGGCCGCCCGUCCUCGUGGUCCCCUACCCCAUCCUGGCGUCGGGCGAGACCGCCAAGGAGGGCAAGACGUACAGGUGUAAGGUCUGCCCCUUGACGUUCUUCACCAAGUCGGAGAUGCAGAUCCACUCCAAGUCGCACACGGAGGCCAAGCCCCACAAGUGCCCGCAUUGCUCCAAGUCCUUCGCCAACGCGUCCUACCUGGCGCAGCACCUGCGCAUCCACCUGGGCGUCAAGCCCUACCACUGCUCCUACUGCGAGAAGUCCUUCCGGCAGCUCUCCCACCUCCAGCAGCACACCAGAAUCCACACUGGCGACAGACCCUACAAGUGCCCGCACCCCGGCUGCGAAAAGGCCUUCACGCAACUCUCCAACCUCCAGUCUCACCAGCGACAGCACAACAAGGACAAGCCCUACAAGUGCCCCAACUGCUACCGGGCCUACACGGACUCGGCGUCGCUGCAGAUCCACCUCUCGGCGCACGCCAUCAAACACGCCAAGGCCUAUUGCUGCAGCAUGUGCGGCCGCGCUUAUACCUCGGAGACCUAUUUGAUGAAGCACAUGUCCAAACACACCGUGGUGGAGCACCUCGUGAGCCAGCACUCGCCUCAAAGGACCGAGUCCCCCGGCAUCCCCGUGCGGAUCUCACUCAUCUGAACGGGGCUCCGGCACCGCCGUGUCCGGACGCUCCCUCGUGCCGGCCGGCGGAGGGCCGGGAGCCCAUGGAUGCCGCCGUCGGAAAGGCGCCCGGCCGCCCCCCGCCCGGCCCGGUCCCCCCGGGGCCGCGGUUUCGGUGACAUCCAAAGACGGUUUCAGAGCACUUUGAAUCUCUGCGGUUUUUUGGAAUGGGGUGGGAGGGGGUUUCUUUCCUUCAGUCCCUGCCCCUUCCCUCCUCUCAUUUUGGAUACAAAUAUAUAUAUAUAUUUAUUGGCCAAGAAGUUGGUGCUGCUAAAACAGAUACGAAAUAAGACACAAAACAAACCGCGGACAGAGGAAAAACCAGAAACGCUGGAUGGCAAAAGGGGAGAGAAAGUCCAGGCCCUCGACCAACGGCUUCUCUCCUUGGACUCUCCCUUGGGAGCCGCGGCCGUAGAGGCCGGCGGGACUCCGGAGCCGCAGUGGGACGGAGCCCGCUGUGCCGCCGCGUCUGACCUCUUUGGGACGCUUUGAUUGUUUUGUU